CCAUGAACUCACCAAAUUGGAUGCAUCACUCAAAGCCUAUAUUUGAUUGGCAUGACCCAUAUACGCACUUACAUUUUCUAAGCGCAAAUUGUAGACAAAAUGCACAAAGUUUUACAUUCUCGUAAAGAAUUCCUUAAAAUGCAGUUCGCACUUAAAUGCUUGGCGGUGGCGUUUGGACUGUUUGCCAGUAGCGUGUGUUUUUUGAAUGGCCAGAAUUACGAUUGUCAAGUUUUGCUGCAGGACAAGGAGAUUACCAAUACCGACUGGGCAAGCUUGGAGCCCUGCCUAGGUGUGGCCAACAGUGAGGGCAUAUCGGUCAAUACUAGUGAGAAUGUGUGGCGCCUAAUAAAAAUUGCUUUCGAUGGCGUCGAGAAUGUACCGGCAGCGGUGUAUGGCAAAAUCCGUUUGGUGCUACCUGCCAUCAGCGUCAUGGAGCUGUCCAACAUCAGCAUGUCACGUGUAGAGAUAGUGGAGGCCUUCGGUGGGGUGCACACAUUGAGCAACGACACGAGCAACGGUUUUAAUGACGAACAGAUGCAAUUGAUUGCCAGCAAAGUACGUUACGAGUGGCUGGGCAAGGGCCCGGAAACUUAUUCGGAGUAUGAUUUGAUUUCGAUGGGCGAAAUCGUGUGUCAUUUGAAUGAAAGUGACAUUGAGCGCAUGCAUGCGGAUGCUUUUAAAGCUGCGGCCGAAUGGAUUGGUGGCAUCGAAUCUUGUCCACAAACACAAUUGCAAGCAUUUGCCAAAUUGGCGAUGUGCAAGGAAGCUUUUGGAGAGGUGAAGAAUUGGUCCAAAAUUGAUGUCAGUAUAAUUGGCAACGUUGUUAAUGGACUACCACAAUCUGAGUUAGCUGCUAUUGAUGAGAAUAAAUUAAAGCUUAAUCAUUUCUAUGUACAAAAACAUACAAAGAAUGGCAGAGAACGAAAUGUUGAGGAAAUUUCCGCAGCUUCUAACACUAAGCAGACAGACGUAAAUACCAUAAAUCUAAUAGCCGCAAAGCAGAAUAAGAAGCAGUAAGUUUAAGAAGCUAUGACUCGUUUUUGGUUAUCAUAAAGCAAGGAUUUUUUCGCUUUUUAGUAUUUAAGUUAAAAAAAAAGCUUUUGAGAGUAUCGAAAAUUUUCAAAUAUUGAUUUCAUUAAACAACAGGUUCACAUUU